CGGUUACGCAUUCGUCCACGCAAAGCGACGCCACCGCCGGACGUCCGCGGUCGACACCCACAGCUACGUCGUAACAUGCCAGCCGCCGUUGACGACGACGUGGCAUGCCCUGUCCUGAAUCGCGUCGAACAGCAGCGUAACUUUGGCAUCGAUUGCGGCGACGAGAUCCUGUUUGCGGCAGGAGCAUGGGCGCCCGGCGGCGAACACACCAAGAAGCUCCACGUGAAGAACGUGUCGAACCGCACACUCAAGCUCAAGUACGACCUGCCGCGCACAAAAUACUUUUCCAUGGAAUUCCCCCUACUCAUCACACUCAGUCCGGGCACGAGCCGCAUCCUCGACAUCGCGUUCCGGCCGGUCCAGUACGAAGAGUACGACGACUAUAUCCGAUUCCUUGUGCACAUCAUCGAUGGUGGCGUCAAAGCCACGAGCGGAUCGUUCCGCCUUCCCGUGAAGGCGCGCAUCUCGAUGCUCAACACGGACAUUCCGACCGGGAUUGACUUUGGCUUUUGCCCGACCGCAGAAACCACCGAGUUCAAGUUUUCACUCAAGUCGACCGGUCAAAUUGACGGCACCUUUCAGUGGACGCUACCAGGCGCGGGCAACCACGGCCGUCCGUUCUCCAUCAUGCCCGCGUCGGGUGAAAUCCGCGCCGGCCAGACCCUCGACAUGACCGCGACCUUCUUACCCCACACUGCGUCCGUGUACGUCGUGACCGUCAACUUCGUUGCCCAGGAACGGGGCGAGACCAACCAACGCCAGGAAAAGACGAUGAAGAUCAGCGGCAUCGGCAAAUAUGCGUACUUUGCCGCUUCCGAGAGCGAGUUGGACUUUGACGAGAUGCUCGUCGGCGGCAGCUCGACGCCGAAACACCCGACCGACAAGGAGUUUGUGCUGCGGAAUCGGUCGCUUGUCCGCGCCACGUUCCAGAUCGUCCCAGUCGAGAACGACCAUGAGCCGCUCUUCUUUUUUUCGCCGCUUCGAGGUGUGAUCCCGCCGGAAGCAUCCGUUCCUAUCACGGUCAAGUACACGCCGUUGAGUCCUGGAACGUUUACGUGCGAUACGUUCAAAAUUCAAACCCCCGGCGGCCACACCGUCCGCGUGACAUGCCGAGGGAAGGCUAUCGGGCCGCUCGUGUCAUUGUGGAAGAAGAACCUCGCGUCCAACUUGAUCAGGGCCACAUCGAUCAACUUUAAAGACGUCCAGGUCGGCGCGAUAUCGACGCGGGUGCUCAUUCUCAAGAACGAGUCGAACGUGGCGGUCCGAUACAACUUUAUGGCAGCUCCAAAUGGCGUGUUUCAAAUCGAAAAGGUCACGGGGAUCGUCCCGCCGCUGCUCGAGACGUCCGUCAUGCUCACAUUUCGGCCGGAAAGUCCCGGCAACUUUUACCGCCGCCUGUUCAUUCUGGUCCAGAAUCAAUCGACGAUCUACGUCGACAUUUUGGGCACGGGGUUCGACAACGACAUCCGACCGUCGCCAUUUCAGCAGGCCCAUGUCGACGCGUAUCGGCUGCGGUGCCAGCAUCACUGGGGCCACCUGUCGCCCGACGGCCUCGAAGCACUGCUGGAAGAGAAGGGCGACACAUACUUUCUCCAUGGAGCCCUGCGCACGGCGGCGGCCAAGCCGGCGGACAGUCCCAAAUUACUCACUCGCAGCGGCGAGUCGACGCUGACGGACGUGAGCAUUUCGGACGAAUUCUUCGUCCCCGCGACGAGCCGCAGCAAUGCGAUCACAGUGUCCGAGUCGCUGCUCGAGUUUGGGUCGCACGGCGCGAAAAAGACGCUGGUCGUGACCAACCAAACCCGCGGCAAGGUCACGUGUUCGUGGCGCGUGUCGGAAACGACCGGAGCCGCCGCGCUGCGGAGCAACUUUCGCAUCUCGCCAGGCGCGUGCGACGUCGCGCCUGGCGCGUCGGUCGAGUUUAUCGUCACAUUUGACCCGUGCCAUGCCAACGCGUACUACUUUGCCGAGCUCGAGAGCCACGUGUACUUCAAGUCGAAUCGAACGUUCCGGUUGGUGAACCCCGAAACAUUUACGCCGCCGUGGUGCGUCGUCGUUUACGCGAGUGGCCACUCGUUCGGGUCAAGCGACAGCCAGUUUCUGUCCAAAGUGACGUUUGUGACGGCAAAAGACCACGUGUGCCCAUUCCCGCCGGCGCACGUUGGCGACUCGGUGUUUCAAACCGUGGCGCUGUCGAACGCGAGCGACACGCCCGCGCUGUUUUCGGUCGUGCAGGACCCGUCGAGGGUGUUUUGGGUCCACCCCGCGAGCGGGCUCAUCCCGGCCAACGGGUUCCACCUCGUCCAGAUUCGAUUUACCCCCACGCACCCCCGACGGUACGUCCACCGGCUCAAGACGGUCGUCAACUACGUGAGCGACGUCGUCGUCGACUUGACGGGCAUGGGGUGCCGCCCCCAGCUCACGUGCGUCGACAACGACACCGCCAUCGACGCCAUUUACAUCAAACCGACCGCCGUCGGGCUCACGACGACGAGGCAAUUUUACGUUCACAACGUGUCGCGGGUGCCGCUCGUGUUUCGGUGGCACGUGCCGCCUGCGCUGCGGUCGACAUUUCACGUCGCCCCGCUCGUGCACCGCCUCAUGGGCAACGAGCGGCACGCGAUCACGUGUGUGUUUUCGCCAACGCAGCUCAAACAGUACAACCAGCGCAUCGCUGUCCACGUCAAGUCGAUAUCGAUGGGGCUCGAGGAGUACGUGAAAUCGAGUGUCGGCGGUCGUGGCAGCAAUGGUGGAGGCUCGACAGGGCUCAUCCAAGAGGCGUCGGUCAAGCUGCUCGGUGUGGGCACGACGGGCGCGGUCUCGUUCGUCCCGGCGAUGCUCACCCUCCCCACAGUCCUCGUCAACUCGCCCACAACCAUGCCAUUCGACGUCGUCAACUCGAGCGACUGCGACUUAAAGUACGAGAUCAGCGUGCACUGCCGGCCACCCCCUGCUUCGUCCACUGCGCCGCAGCAACCAACUGACGACGCGACCACGUACAUUUCGUUCUCCAAACCACGGGGCAUCCUUGGCGCGCGGUCGCACCAAGCGCUCGAGAUCACGUUCCGCGCCGACUUGGCGGGCGCGUUCCGCUACGACAUUGCGUGCGCCGUGUCGACGGUCGAUAUGGCGUACACCGUGGCGCCCGAGAAAUGCGUCAAGAUGGCGGUGAAUGCCACGGCGUCGUUUCCAACGCUGGUCAUCGAGGACGUUCGGACACGGCAGACGUCGACAGCGACUGCAUGGAUGCAACUCGACGUGCCAGCCAUCAACUCGUUCUUGAUGACGCCAUUGACCAAGGACGAGCUCCAGUUGAACGCGGACAGUAGCCCCGACUUGACCAUGCUGCCGAGCUAUCACGUCCAUUUCACGCCCGCCGUGGUCGGGUCGCCGUCCCAAGUCGUGCACGUUCAGUUGCGCAACCCCGGGUCCCUUGUUGUGUCGUACCGCAUCUUUUAUCCUAACGAGAGCGACGUCGAGUUGGAGCCGUGGGCCGACCAAGGCGAGCCCACAUCGGACGAGCUGCGCCAAAACAUCCUGGUCGACUCCAAACUGUUUUCGAUCGCGCCUCGAACGGGCAUCUUGCAGCCCCACGAAACACUCGUCCUCUGUCUCUCGUACACGUACUCGUCCAUGCAAUAUCGCGGCAUCCACGACGUCCCCGUCACACUCAAUGUGGCCCAGGGAAAAAAACUCACACUCGUCCUCCACGGCCGAACGCUCGCGCCAUCGACGCCGCACGUGUUCCUGCCGUCAUGCGUCUCAACGCUGCACCCUGUCAUGGUCGGCCAGUGCAUGCGCAAGACGCACCGCUUUGACAAACCGUCCGUCCAACAAAUCCCAGUCGUCAACACGGGCGACCGCCCCGUUCAAAUCGACGUCGACGACAGCGCCUGGAGCCUCUUGAACGCGCACCAGUUUAACUUUCCCGUGCUUGAAUGCCUCACGCCGCACGUGAUCAUCCCUGCGCACGCAACGGGGUACAUCGACGUGGAUUUCUGCCCCCUCGAGAACAAAACGUACACGGCCGACCUGCGCCUGUUGGCAACGAGCGUCGACACGAACGAGUACGAAGACUCCAAGACGAUCACGGUCGUCGCGAGGGGGUAUCACGCCCCGGCCACGUUUGCCGACAUGCACGCGCUCGCGACGGCACGCGGACCGCCAUCCACGCAGCUCCUGCACGUGCCAUCGACCGCGGUUUUAAGCCACGACCGCGUCGACUUUGGCCUCGUUUGCGUCCGCACCGACAAUUGCCGCGUCGUGGUCUUGACCAACGUGAGUUCGACGGCGACGCUCGGUUUUGCAUGGGAUGAAGCCCAUCCACUCGUCGCGUCCAAGCGCGUGCGGUGUGUACCGAGCCAAGGCCAGCUCCUUCCCCUUCAGCACGUCUUCGUCCGCGUGCUUGUCCAGCCGCAAGACGAACUUCGCGUGAUCGACCACGACUUUGCGUGCUGGAUACGGGUCGUCCGCGACACGGCGACCGCCCCAACGUCCACCCUCACCACGUUGUCGUCGCUGGCGGCGUCGAGCACACUCAGCUCGUCGCUGGAUCAUCAAGCGUCGACGAACAAGACGCCUGACAGCAGCGCCACGCGGCCCUCCGUGAUUACUCGGUCCACGGUAUCGUCGCGAUCUCACGUCAACCGAUCGACCGAUACUGCCGCUGCCACGUCGGCCAUGGCCACCAGCGAUGGCGAGCCAAAGCCCGAGGCUAAGCGGCUCCACAAAGGUAGCAGCAACUCGAAAAAGCAAAAGUGGCGCCUCCCUGGUGCCCUCGCCAACGACGACGGCCCCAUGUCGACUCCCCCCGUGCCCGUAUUCCUCCACGUCUUCGCCCAUGUCGUCCCCCUCGAGUUUUUUCGGACUCACGUCCACGUGGAUACGUUCCGGAGGCAUGCGCUGCCGACACAAGAUUUCGUGUGGGUCGAUGCCCUGGCCACGAUGCGGUCCACGUGGGGCUACCAGGACCCCAGAGCUGCCAAGGAGAGCCGACAUGUGCUGGAAGGCGUGUUGGGCCACUUGCUGGUGGACGUGCUGAACGCGGGCGCCGUGACAGAGGCGAUGGCGGAGCUGCCAAAGGAACCGCCGACGCCCGCAUUCGUCCAGCUCACGUCCACAGCACGACUGCCCAAAGCGAUGCGGACGUUCGAACGACUGCGCCGUCACGACCAUGUCAAGCGGCUCACGGCAACGGUGCUCGAGAACACCAUGUUCAACUUGAUCCAAGAGAUUGCAUGUGGCGACUUUGACCUGACCUGUCUCCCCAAGCAGCUCGUGUUUCACCUGCCAGACGAUGGUCCAGCAAGCGAUUCAAAACUCUAACGCUGUACCAUGCGCCGCCCCAGUGGCGUCGACGAAAGGUGUUUCGAGGUGGUUGGACGAGUUGAAACGAUUAAAGAGUGACGUAUCUAGCUCGUCGUGGCUAGCGCGAGCCGGCGAACGG